AUGGUGGAGAAAAGAAUUAAUGGUGAAGCUGAAGGACAAGAAGUUAAAAUCAAGAAGGUUCAAGAAAAGCUAAUGGAUACUGAAAAUCAAAUAGAAAUCCAAGAAAUUAGUUCUAUGACUACAAGAUUGGAAGUUUUGAAGAGGGAUCGAGGAAAGAGGAGCAAUAAUGAUGAGAAUAAAGCUGGUACGGUGAAAGAUACGGAAGAGGAAGGUAAAGGGAUUGGUUUACCGGCGGCGGAAAAUGGAAGCACAGAGGAAAAAAAGCCGAAGAAAAGGGGAAGAAGGAAGAAGGUGGAAAUGAAAGAAAAUGGGGUUUUAGUUCCCGAUGAAAAUAAUCCUGAAGGGGAAAAUGAGGAAGAAAGAUUAGAUUUGCAUGGGGAAGAAACCAAUGGAGAAAAUGAUAAAGAAAAUGUUGAUUCUGGUGAAGGGGAUUUGAGGGUCAGGAGAUCAUGUCAAAAGGCGAAGGAGAAGAUUGGGCAACUCUAUGAAGAAAUCAAUAAUCCAGUAACAGUGGACGAGGAUGAGGUUCCCAGGGAAAGAAAGAGAAGAAAAGGUUCUAAAAAGAACAAGGCUAAAACUGACGAGGAUGGUGGAACUGGGGGCAAUCAAUUUCAGGUGGAAGAGAAAUAUGGAAAAGAAGGAAAGAAGAGAAGAAAAAAGAGGUCUAAAGUUGAAGAUGGAGAGAAAGCGAAGGAGUCGAAGAUGAACAAAGAAACACAAUAUUCACUUAGACCCAGGAAGGUUAAAGAAGAGAAAGUACGAAAGCGGAAAUGUCCACAAAAGAGAGAUGCGAAUGUAAUGAAAUUUGGAAAUUUAGAACUUCCACUUACUGGUAAUGUGAUUGAGUCAAAUAUGUGUCACCAGUGUCAGAGGAAUGAUAAAGGAAGGGUUGUCCGGUGCACAACAUGUGAAACCAAGCGAUAUUGUGUUCCCUGCAUGGUUAGAUGGUACCCGAAGAUGUCAGAAGAAGCAUUUGCUAAAGAGUGUCCAGUUUGUCUUAAGAAUUGCAACUGCAAAUCAUGCUUACGAAUGGAUGAACCAAUUAAUACUGUGGAGACAUUUGCAGUGAAAAUUACAGAUGAUCAAAAGGUUCAAUACUCUACUUAUGUUGUAAAAGUGCUACUACCCUUUCUGAAACAAUUUAAUGCAGAACAAAUGAUGGAGGUGGAGAUGGAGGCUAAGCAUCAAGGGUUGUCAGUUUCAGAUGUAAGGCUUGAAAGAGCAAAAUGCAAGCAGAAUGAGCGUAUUUAUUGUGACAAUUGCAGAACUUCUAUUUUUGAUUAUCAUCGAAACUGUCUGCUGUGCUCCUAUGACCUCUGCCUUAGGUGUUGCAGAGAGCUUAGGGACGGCCACCUGCAGGGAGGUGAUGAAGAAGUGAUUCUGCAGUUUGUUGACUAUGGAUUUGAUUACUUGCAUGGUGGCAAGAAGGGGACACACCGAAUGCCAAGGAGAAGUGGCUCGGCAAAAGAGGUUGAUUCAUCGACCAAAAAUAGAACUCGCAAUCUCCAUCCUGAACUUAAGUGUCCAUCUGAAUGGAAUUCCAAGGAAAAUGGUGUCAUUCCUUGUCCACCAGAACACAAGGGUGGUUGUGGUCAAGGAGUUUUAGGAUUGAAACGUUUAUUAUCGGAGAAUUGGGUAGCAGAGUUGGUUGUAAAAGCAGAAGAGAUAAUUAAUAAAUAUCAGGUUGAGGAUGUGCCUGAAGAUUCAGGCCAAUUGCAUUCUUAUUCUAGAUUUACCGGGAAAAAUGACGUAAGCAGUAGAAAUCUGCGUAAAGCAGCUUCUCGAGAAAAUUCUAGUGACAAUUAUUUGUACUGUCCAACUGCCGUCGACCUGCAGCAUGGGGAUCUGAGGCAUUUCCAAAGGCAUUGGUUUAAAGGAGAGCCUGUAAUAGUUAGCAAUGUGCUUGACAAUACCCUUGGUAUCAGUUGGGAACCAAUGGUUAUGUGGCGUGCUUUCCGUCAGAUAAAAAAUGGUGGGCAUAGUCAACUUCUUGAUGUGACUGCUAUAAAUUGCUUGGAUUGGUGUCAGCCCAAAUGGAUUAUAUUCCAAAUUCGUGAAUCAAUUUCGUAUGGUAGAUGUUAUGGAAGUUCCUUUGGUUGUCCUCCUUCCCUUUAG